AUUAUAAUUGACGUCCGGCGGCUGCUGUGUAACGCUGUACCUAUACUUAAGACGCACAAACGUGCGUAUAACAUAUUAUAAUAAUAUAAUAUUAUUGCAGUAUAUAAUGGUGUACGAGCACCAACGACGUACUUUGUGGACGAUAUUAUUAUUAUUAUUAUAAUUAUUAUUUAUUGCCGUUGUGUGCGAAAUUGUACGAAUUCGUCGUGACUGAAACACAAACGGGAAUUGCUAGGGCCGUUUAACGUUUUUGUUUUUUUCGUUUCAAUUAUUAUUAAAAACGUAUAAAGUAAUACUACAUAAGAUGAUCCGUCUCCAACAUUGAUUCGGUUCGACAAUAUUAUAUAAUAUAAUUUCAUAUCAUACACAUAAAAGCGUUUACCGUCGAACGUCGUGUUUCAUAGCCUGCAGCAGAUGACGACAAAUAAUAAUGUCGUUAAAAUGAGAUUUGUCAUCUUGACAUAGCCUGUGGUUUUGCAAUACUGAGCUUAAAGACAGAACUUUUGAAGUCACCUCAGAUGCGAAAAAAAAUAUUGAUUUUCAGUCAUGUUGUAAGACUCUCCGUAGACGACUUCGUGGUAUUUUUGUCACGAAAUUAGACGCAAAUAUAUACGAUGAUCGACUGCGCCGUUGACCGCGGAUAACAUUAUAUACGCACAAUCGCCGGCGGUGGUAAGCUGUAUACAGUGUAUAAACGCGGAGGACACUUCCGGUAACGACGAUCGUUCAUCUUGGCUGCAGCAGCUACAGUUCCGGCCGGAUAUGUCCACUCCGGCAGUCACCACUCCGGUGAGAGUCGCCACCGCGGCGGACAUCGAACCCGCCACCGUGACGGUCACCGCGGCGAACACCGUACCUGCUACCGCAAUGGCUUUGGUCGAUCCGACGAACAAACGUCGAUCGCCACCAGAAAAGUUCGUCGGGAACACGAGGCACGCGAGCAUGCCGCAAAUAGAUCCUCAGCCUCGUCGUCUACAGGAAACUGCGAUGAAUUCCACCACAAAGUCCGCCAAAGAGCAGACGGCACUCCAGCAGCGUCAGCAGCACGGCAGGUCGAACAGCGCGGUGGCGUCGACGGCGGCUGAGAGGGGCGUGCACCGCGUCUUUGGAGGAAGCGGUGGAGGUAGUGGAGGCGGUGUCGGAGCGGGGUUCAAGAGCAAGUUGCGCAACUCAUUUCGGACGACCGCCAAGAGGAUCCGGCAGCAGCAAUCGGCCAUCGACGCGCUGGCCAAGAAUAGUCAAAUGCUCGGGCUGCACAACCUCCAGGACAGUCCCAGGACGAUGCAGGUGCAACGGGCCUUUGGCCGGGAGAUCCCUGGUCAGACGUCCAAAAAUCGACCGCAAAAUCAACCAGGCGUGGUGUUGUAUUCGUCGUCGGGAAGUGACCACAGUCUCGGAAGAGAGAGGUCGCCGACCAUUAGCAGCUACCCAAAAGGAUCUCCUUCACUGUGGACAGGCACUUGCAGCCCAUUAGGUGGUUCGCAAUUUUCGUUGGCCACUCAAAACACGUGCUGUUGUCAGCAUGUGGUUAACAACUGCAAAAUGAUGAUAGAAAACAACAAUAAUAUGUGGCAACAAAAUUCGUUCAAACACAAUAGGGGCAAUAAUGGGGGGCCAAAAAAUUCAAACGGGGAACCAUACGAAGACAGUGAUGGUCUAACGUGGAGGAGGUUGCACAUGAGCAGAGCAAAACUCAAAGCUACAGCUACCACAUCUGAACUCUUAUCCGGAUUUGCUAUGGUGGCGAUGGUGGAGCUGCAGAUCAACGAACCGACCAUGGUGCCUGAAUGGCUGUUCAUCAUGUUCGCGGUGUGCACCACCGUGCUGGUGGCCGUGCACAUAUUCGCGUUGAUGAUCAGCACGUACCUGUUGCCCAACGUGGACGCCAUCAGCAAGCUGCAGAGCACCAAGCUGAUCCAGGAGUCACCGCACGAGCGCAUGCGCGGCUUCGUCGAGCUGGCCUGGGCGUUCUCCACCGUGCUCGGACUGUUCCUGUUCCUGGUCGAGGUGGCCAUACUGUGCUGGGUCAAGUUCUGGGACCACUCGUUCCGGGCCGCCAUGGCCGCCACCAUAAUCGUCAUACCGGUGCUGGUAAUAUUUGUGUUCUUCGUGUUCCACUUCUACCGGAACCUGGUCGUGUACAAAUGUGAGUCCACCGUGUCCGACAUCAAGGAACUGGAGGCCAUGAAGAAGAAACUGGACGUGGCCGGUACCACCAAAGUCGUCUGACCCGCGCGGUGGCCGAUCGGUAGUCUUACGUAAUGUUACUAUUGUUAAUCCAGGGCUCGUAUAAGUUCGUGUACAAACAACGAAAAGAACGCGCACAAAUAAUAUAAGCUGCGUGCACUUUUGCACUAAAAAGUUCCAGAAUAUAUGCAUUUAUAUUCACUUAAAAUAAAACACUAUGAUAUGCACUUAAAUAUUAAUAAGAGUGAUAAAAAAAAAACCUAAAGCAAAUUCUGACAUAACAAGAAAUGUACAAUUCUUAUUUGAAUCGUUAACAUUAUUGUCUUUCCGUAAACUAAUAAUACUCAUAUACAGUAGUCAUACAAGGAUAAAAAUAAACCUAAUCGAAUCUAAAUUAAAUUUAUACGAAAUAAUAUUAUGUGCUAAUAACUCCUGAAAAAAAUUUACUUUAUCAAAAAUCACUCUAAGUAUACAUAAGUAAUAAGUAUACAUGUUUUCCUAUAUUAUGUAGCAAAAAAAAAAACACGUAAAUACAUGAACAUAAUAUACGAGCCUUGAUAUAAUAAUAAUCUAAUAGUAAUUUAUUAUAUCGUCGUCAAAUUAUUAUAAUAUUAUAAUCGUUAUUAUUAUUACUAUCACCAUUAUUAUUAUUAUUAUACACAUCAUUCCGCGCAAUAUAUAAUAUAAUAUUAUAUUAUUUAUAUUUAUAUAUUACAAACGAAAUAUCGUAGCUAUAUUAUUGUUAUAUGUUAUAAAUUAUAAUACACGCGCACGUCCAGUCGAUAAAAUGUACCUAGAUUUUUAUGUUAUAUAAAUUAUAAUGAUCGUCGACAAUGAAGCAAUACCUGGCAAGUCAAAUAAUGAUUUAUUUGGAUGUAUUCCGUUUAAUAAUUAUAUCGCACCUAAAUAGCUCAAAAUUAAAAUUAAAACUCAAAAUUAACUCUAUUUUAGUAUCGGUUUUCAAUGUUUGACAGAAAUAUUAAUAGUCUAGUGAUAAUUAUGACUUGUAGUAAGUACUAUCAUAAUAGUAUUCUACUUAUUUUUUUCCCUAUUCACUUCAAUGUAUUUCCUGAAAAAUUGGCGUUUUUACUCCCGAGGUAUUGCUUCUUCGCCUUUCUCCUAUGUGGGGAUAAGUCCACGGCUUAUAUAGUGCCGGUCAUAUAUUUUUGCUAAUGCAUUUACUUGAAAAAAUCAAUAUAGUACGCUUAUCACCUGUAGAGGCGGUUACGUCUUAAAAGAAAAUCAAGAAAAGUUACUUUAAAAAAUACACCCACCCCCGCAGUUGUGUUAUGUUAUAAUACCCAUUACCCAUGUUAUGUAUUUAUACGUACAACUGUACAAGAUAAUACACGUUACCACGUGUCGUGAAGGAGAGUUAAUUAUAUCUAACUUUUUGCUCACGUUCGCUCGUCAUAUUCUUACAUAAUACACUUCUAAAUACCGGACACUUUGAGUCGCUCAAAUUGUGUCUACUAUCCAGAGGGUUCAGCGUGGAGUUUUGUAGAAAGUUUGUAUUUAAUUCUUUUUCUUAGGUAAAUCAGCCACUAAGACUAUUCCACCUACAACUAUACGUUGCUUCCUGCAGUUUUCCCGAUAUCCGAUGUUUGUACCUUUCAAGUUUCAAUCUAACGCUCCUAAAUCUUUCCCCAUUACAUCCACACAUAAUCAUGUGUGGUCUUCCAAUCGAUAUUUUUCCAGUUGGAAUUUUUUCAAGCAUUAUUUUAUGAUACGUAUAUGAGUCGAUUUUCACUAUACGCCAAGCGUGCCCAGCCCAUUGGUAAUCUUUUGUUCCUUAUCGUUUCGAGUGUAUUCGGUUCAUGAAAGAGUUUUUUCUAAUUCAUCAUUUUUCCUUAUUCUCUACUCAUCACUUAGCGUGUCCUCUACGUCCUUUACAGGUUCAUAAAUCUUCCGUAGUAUUUUUCUUUCCAAAACUGAGAGUUUUCUUUCGUCAUUUUUUCUUAACGACUGUGUAUCUGCAGCUCCAUAAGUAAUUACAGGACGCAUUGAUGUAAUGUAUGAAUGUUACAACAUAUGUAUUUAACUGUAAUUUGUAAUACAUUAUUCUGACCUACCCACUUUCAAAUUUAAAAACGUACAGACCGUUGGAUAGCGGUAUUUACUGCGAGUAUCACAUGGUAGCUCGAAAAUUUGACUGGUUACCUAACAAAAGGUUGUACGACAAUUUAUUAUUGUUUUUUGAAAUAGUUUGAUAUCAAAUAGUAUUAUAUAAUUAUAUAGUUAAAUAUUAUUAUUAAUGAUAUUAUAUUCUAACUGUAAGAAUGUAUUUUUUUUUUAUUUUUUUUUUCAGAAAAUGUAUCCAAAUAAUUUUUUAUCACUAUCGAUUUUUGUGUCACUUUAUAAACAAUAUAAUAUUUGGAUUACAGCUAAAUUUGAAAAUUUUU